CUGCUGAGGCGAAGCAAAUAAAAUAUUGGCCUACAGCCAACCAGCUGAAAUAGGAGAGUGUGAGCUAAGUACUAAGUCUUGACGCAGCACUGCAGGUUCGACGAAGGAAAGCUUGAUGGCGUUCUUUCCGGCACUGAACUUUACUGGUUAAAGAGGCGGAGUUUAACAAAAUUUGCUACUCAGACCCAGAAGCAAAAAUAGCUUCGCAGGGAGUCUACUCUUUUUCUCAGGUAAAACUUGGGGCUGUUUGCCCUUCGUUGCAGAAUCCCUGAUCCGUACCCGAAGGGAAGGAGGACGUUUGAGGAGAUUGUGGUGCGCUGAUGGCAGUUGCUCCUCGCCGCUGCGGGUAGGUGAGCUUGCAGCCAGAAUUUGGAAUGGAGAUGAUAAGUGACCAUAAUGGAACAGAAGCUAUGCGGACACCAGCAACACUUGUUUUGCACCGGGCGAAGAUGCCAGCCAGUAUCAUCAUCUCCACGGUCUUGUUCGUUGCUGAAACCGUAGCUGCUGGUGUACUUUGUGCCUCGUACAGCCGCUGGGGUGAUUCAUAUUGGUUGGGACUGACAAUCACCUUCAUGUUGGUGCCGUCUGUGCUGGUUCAGUUUACAUUCAUCUUAAUCCAUCGGGAACUGGGUACAAGGAGACCAUUCGUACUACUGCUUCAUCUGCUGCAGAUGGGACACAUCAUCAGGUGUCUAGAAGCCGUUGUUGUACUCUGGAAGUCUGGAAAGCAUGAAGAGCCAUAUGUCAGCAUUACCAAGAAAAAAAGACUCAACCACGGCCAGUCAAGUGAGUUUGAAAAAGAAGUGGAUCACUCAACGAGGAAGUUGAAUAUCCAUCGCAAUGCCUUUCAUCGGGCGUCUGUCAUUCAAGCCUUCCUGGGUUCCACACCCCAGCUUGUCCUUCAGCUCUAUAUCAGCAUAAUGCAGAAGUACAUUCCACACACACGAGCUGCUCUGAUGGCAUUGUCAUUGGUGUCAAUCACUUAUGGAGCCCUGGUGUGUAACAUCCUCGCCAUCCAGAUCAAGUAUGAUGAGUACAAGAUCCAGCUGAGACCAAUUGCUUACAUUUGCAUUAUCCUCUGGCGCACCUUGGAAAUUGCUACACGGAUCAUAGUGUUGGUGCUUUUCAGCACUGCUUUGAAGGAGUGGGUCUUUGCAGUGCUCUCUUUUGACUUCCUAGUCCUUUUCUUUCUUCCUUGGGUGGAGUUCUGGUGUGGCCACUCACCCUUCCCUGAAAACAUUGAAAGGAACUACAAACGCUUUGGCACAACUGUAGCUCUGUUACUCGUUUCCAUACUCUAUGCAGGAAUUAAUGUGUUUUGUUGGUCAGCGGUCCAACUAUUGCUCAGCAAUCGUGAUUUAAUCAGCAAGAAACAGAACUGGGUCAGGCUAUCUAUUUAUUAUACUCUGCGGUUUAUGGAAAAUGCAGUGCUUCUAGUUUUGUGGUACAUUUUCAAGACUGAAGUGUAUGAGUACAUUUGUUCCCCAUUGCUGGUGGUGCAACUAAUCAUUUCCUACAGCUUGGCCAUCAUCUUCAUGCUGCUGUUUUAUCAAUAUUGUCAUCCAUGCAGGCAGCUUUUCACCCAUAAUGUUGCAGAUUGCCUUGUAUGCGCCUGUUGGCGGGGACCUCAUUUUGAGCCUGCAUUUCCAGAUUCAUAAUUCAAUUUUUCAUUGUGCCUUCAGGUAGAUGUGGUAAAUUUGCAAUAUUGUUGCUUCUUUCACUAUUGCUUUUUCUUGGUAAAAGAUGAAAUAUGUGAAUUGUAAACAAGCUGGUGAUUUUCACAAUGCUUAGUGACGGGUCAGUUUAACGCUUGAAGUGCAUGCUUCUGUACAAACUGUAACUGUUCAAAUGUUCGUAAAUAUGCACAGUAAGCAAAGAAGAAAAACAAUGUUUCAAACUCUCAUUUUCCCAAGAAGACCAGGAAAUUUUUGAGAGCUAUUCUCUCAAUCAGUCUAAGAAUGUCCAAGCCAAUAGAUGUAUUUUAUAUAUUAAAAACAAGGCACAAAACUUCAUUUAUUUGGGAGUAUGGAGGCUGGACUAUAUGGAAUAUAUGUGUUUAAUUAAACAUUGUUAUUAAGUUAAAAACAUAAGGGGAUGAUCUUUUCCUCUGAGCCCAUUUGUAUGAAGCAGUGUUUACAGAGCCAUUGACUGAUUUUUUCCUGAUGUUCAAACAAACUUGUUUUGAAAAUUUGUUUGCAAGUAAAUUAUUUUUUUAUUGUAAAUGCAGGUUAUAUUUAUUUAUUCUGUCUCUUUUUGCCAGUUUUUAUCUGCUGUUCUUUAAAAUACUCUCAUGCUGUACUGUAAUUGAAUAAGCAUAUUUGAUCUGCAGGCACCUCAUCCAAUAACUAGGCCUUAUGUGAACCAUCUUGGUGGAGUUAACCUAACAGAGUUUAAUUAUCCUGCAGUACAUUAUUUAUUUUCAGGUAGGUUUCUGAGGAUUAAUCCGAAGUAAAACAUAGUAGACUAGUCUUUAGUCAAUCCAGGAAUGUUGAGGCCAAAUGAAUUUUAUUACAUACGAUGGAUAUCUACCUCUUAACACACAGUAUUUUUUUCCUGUACCAUAAAAAUGCUUCUCAUUUGUGUUAAAUUUGGAAAUUAAUCCAACACUUGUAUUCUCACUUGCUUUUGCACAAGCUUUAGGCUCAAAACUAUUCAGUGUGUAUAUCACCUUACUAAAUUAUUAAAAAAAUAGUUGAAAACAAAA